AUGUCUCUGCUUCGGAUCCUCAUCGCUUAUGCUUUUAUUCUAUUCACCGCUGUACAGGCCUUGCCAGUGGCACUUGACAAAAGAGCAAUCUCCCAAGAACUGCUCGACCAGUUAUCAUUCUUUGAACAAUAUUCGGCCGCGGCAUACUGCCCGGCAAACAACAUUCCAGAUUCAAGCACUGCCAUCACCUGCAGUGCAGGAAAUUGUCCUCUAGUCCAGAGUGCUGGCGCGCAGUCCAUCCUUGAAUUUGAAAAUGUUGGAUCCGGCGACACACAAGGCUUCGUGGCGCUUGAUCAUACGAAUCAACUGAUUGUCGUCUCUUUCCGCGGAAGCGUCUCGAUCCAGAACUGGAUCUCGAAUCUGGACUUGGGAAUGAAGACAUGGUCCAUCUGCUCUGGGUGCCAGGCUCACUCCGGCUUCCUUGACUCUUGGAACAGCGCAAAGGCGAUUGUCCAAGGGGCAAUUGAUGGUGCCAAGACUGCGAAUCCUUCCUACAACAUCGUUGCCACAGGACACAGCCUCGGUGCUGCUGUAGCGACGCUCGCUGCUGCCGACCUGAGAAAUUCGGGGUACAACAUUGCACUGUAUACUUACGGCUCUCCCAUGGUCGGCAACACGCCGCUCGCCAACUUCAUCACUGCUCAAGCAGGCGGUAACUUUCGAGUCACACAUGCCAAUGAUAUUGUGCCAAAGCUACCUGGCUAUCCGCUGGGAUAUGCCCAUGUCUCACCGGAAUACUGGAUUACCUCGCCCGCUCUUGCUUCCGUCACUGCAAAUGACGUCCAAGUCAGCAGCGGCGUGAUCGAUUUGCAGGGCAACCAAGGCCAACUAGGUGGCACGGUGACGGACCACCUUUGGUAUUUCAACGGUAUUUCCAACUGCGAUGUAUAA